AGAGGGCUGACUCGAGCUCAUGAUGAGAGCCGUGCAAAGAAACCUUUCCUCUCCGGAGCCGCUGCUUUAUUUUUCACGGGGAUCACCGGUAGGAAGAGAAAAGAUCAUAUUGGGAUACUGGCUUGGUUAUACCACGACGGACAUAAGCUGACUCGUCAGUGAAUGAUAUUAAUUUGCACGUGUUUUCUCAGACCUGACGAAAUAUAUUCAUUUAAGUUCUCUUAUGUCUAAAAUGCAAAAGGUCCUUGUGAUAAACGAUGAUCUCUGCAUAGUUUUAAAUGCAGGGCAAAGCGGUUUCUCAUAUUAAAUGCACUUUGGUUCCGCCUGGAACAGCCGGGCGCAAACAGUUACCGGAGUCCAGCGCAUCUCCUUCGUCCAUGCCGUUUUUGCGGAACGAUCUUCCAUAAGACUGUCGGAAGAAAGAGGAUUUUAUUAUUGUUUUUUUAUUCCUAAAUGGAUCGCCAUACUAGUUUAAUUUCUAUUUGGCUUCAGCUGGAACUUUGCGCCAUGGCUGUUCUCCUAAUAAAAGGGGAAAUAAGGUGUUACUGUGACGCCCCGCACUGUGUCGCCACCGGCUACAUGUGCAAGUCACCGCUAAACGCCUGCUUCACGAGGGUCCUGGACCCCCGCAAUGUGAACUCGCCCCUCGGCCACGGGUGCGUGGACUCGCUCGCCCCCCUCGACGUGUGCGCGCCUAGGGGCGUGGAAGGCGCGCCGGGGGGCUCCGGCGCGGCGCGGUGCUGUCACGACGAUAUGUGCAAUUACAGAGGACUGCGAGACCUGGAGCCGCCUAAAGAGCACGGCGGCCGGCAUGAGCAGGACGGUGGCACCCGCAGCCUGAUCACCAAGGUUCAGGAGCUGGCGUCGGCGAGGGAGGUGUGGUUCCGCGCGGCCGUCAUCGCCGUGCCCGUGGCGGGCGGCCUCAUCCUGGCACUGCUGGUGAUGCUGGCCCUGCGCAUGCUGCGCAGCGAGAGCCGCAGCCUGCGCCUGCAGCGGCAGCAGACGCUGGCCCGGCUGCAGCACGGCUUCCGUGGACAUCGCCACAGCAACGAGAAGGGACUCCACCCGGCUAAGUUAGACGUGGGGUACGGGAGCCCUGUAGCCGGUUUACAGAGUGACGGUGCCUGCCCGGCCUGUGACAAGAUGUACACGCCGGUCCUGGGCGGGCAAGGCAUUCUCUCCCUGGUACACUGGGAGACGUACAGGGGGCCCCAGAAGCAGGAAUUUGUCUGACCCUCCCUUUGGAGCCAGGCGGAACUUCCCAUAACCAUGUGGUCAGACUGUACCAUUUACAGAAGGCAGGGGGAGAACUGAAGCGAAUUACUUUUAAUUUUUUUUCUUGAUUGCACUUUACCUGAAAUAAAGGCUCAGUCCACAUGGAGCAGUAAUUUAAUUUGAGGCCGUCGGAGACGGUCGUACUUGAGCCCACUGGGUCCUGGACUUCUGUCGAUUGCUGAAGGAUUCCAAAAUAUGUAUUAUUUGCACAUCCGUAUAAAAGAGUAGGUCGUCUUGCUUUAAAUGGAAGAAGGUCACUUUGACCUGAGUGUAGAAGGCUUUUUGCAGAGGGAGGAUGUGUAUAUCAGUGUUAGGAAUGCACCUUCCUUAGUGUCUGUUUUGUUUGUUUGUUUGUUUGUUUGUCAUUUUUUAAAUAGCAUUAUUUUGACUGGUAAACUGUUGGUUGUUCCCCACCUCCAACCCUCAGAUGGAGGGGGGGCUUUCAGAAGCUGAAAGAGUUCUUACAUUUCCACGGAAGCAUCUGGAAGCUGAAAAGCGGAAUCAAUAUAACAUAGUUCAUGUAAUGAAUAUGCACAAGCUAAACAUCUAGCUGCUGUUCAAAUGUUUUAUUGACUGUACCUAUGAAUAGCCGGCUUUCUAACGGUGUCAAUUGAUUUGGUUCGUUUGCUUGUUUAAUUUGUCCUAC